CCUGUCAACUAACAGUAACAUCUACUGAAAGAAAAUGACUGCACUACUUCAGCUGUUGUUACUGGUCAGCGUGACCAUGGCCUCCGAGCCAUCGUGUCCAGCGUGCUCAAAAUACGACUACGAAGAAAAAGUGCUAGAGAGGAUGAUUCGCAUGGAGUUCGCUUUUGAGAAUGUGUUAAAGGGAAACAGGGCUGUGAGCAAAACUGUUGAGGAAGAUCUAACGCGGAUCAAGGAAGAAAACGAACGUUUACACGCGACCGUUGAUGUCCUGAAGGACCAACAGGAGCAAGCUGAACGAAGACUGGUUUCGCUCAUGGAGGAAAUUGAGAUAAACCAGUCCAGCACACUGGAGAAGAUAGUUUCCGAUUCUAACACUACGUUAGAACAAACCAUUGCCGCCUUCAAUGAUAUAAAAGACCAAAUCGUUACUCCAAUGGUUUACUUCCACGCCCGCUCUCCACAAACCAGCAGCCUGUCCACAGGUGAGGUGAUAGUUUACAAGACAGUAGAGACCAACCAGGGCAACGGUUACAGCGCCACAACGGGCAAGUUCACCGCUCCAGCACGGGGACUCUACUUGUUCUUCAUGCACACAUGUACGCCUCCAAGCAAAUAUGCUUAUCUCCAGAUAGUGAAGGAAAGCUCAGUCCUCAUUGCAAGUGAACACUAUGACAAGGAACGGUAUACCUGUUCUACUAGUCCGGCGUUUGUACAGCUUGAUGCUAGUGAAUCUGUCUGGGUACAAUGCUCCAGUGGGGCCGCAUACGUACAACUGUAUGAGGAUUCUCAUCGUUGGACCAGUUAUGGUGGUGCUCUCAUUCACAACUGACGUGCUUAGGUCAUUGUUCAUAAAAAGCCAAAAGGCAGAAACUAUACAAUGAAAGUGGAAGUCAAUUUUGCAGUGAUUAAUAAGUCAUUUAAAAAGAAAUCAUUACGUGAAUGAUUUUUGUUAUCAAUUACCGUGAGUUAAACAUUGUUAGAUAUCAUCUGUGCACUUCGCCUGUAUUCUAUGUCAUGUGUGUAAACUGAGAACACGUUAGCCGCGCAAUUUUGCAAAACAGACUUAGCUGAACUUUCAGUCGAAUUCAGAAGUUCUUUCGCUGCUUCGCUUGCUCUUCUUUUAUAUAAUAUAUCAAUAAAACAUUAUACCACAGGUGAUCUUCAUACAGCUUGGCUAUUAAUUCAUUAUUACAUGUUAAGGUAUGAUUAUGAGUACUUAAUUAUUCAUGUUUCUACUGGAUUAAAGUUAAAUGUAA